AUGCUCUCGUCGACUCCCAGCACCCAGAACAUAAACGUUGGCCCCAACUUGAGGCUCGCAAUCUCUUAUGCCAUAGGGAUGGCUUGGGCAGCAAAAAGGACACUGCUGGAAGAAAAAGAAGCAGUGUUGGAAGAAUCUGCCACUCAGGAGCCCGGUAUCGGACACAAUGUUUCGAAAGAACAAUUUGCAGACUCGUUCGCAAGUUGCUUUGUUUUAAGUGGAGACAAGGAUGUUGUGGCUGUUGCUUUCCGGGAAAACUCUAAUGGCAUCACAAUACUCAUGGCCAACAACAAGCCAGACUUGGAUGCUGAUGCUAAAAGACAUGUCCAGUUGGUCUGGUUCCUGCUGAGACAGCUGGCACAAUCCCGCGGAAAGGAGGGAAUUUCCAGCAUCAACCCAGAUCCAACCCAAAAGGCUCAGCGUCUCAAGGAGUCACAAGAUACAGCCAAAUUAAUAACCGAUCUGCAGAAAUCACUUUACAAGCAAAAUCUCGACAAACAGAAGAAAAGAAUCAAUAAAGGGCUCUCAGGUUUCAAGAGUUUUAUUAAAGACUUAGGCGAGAUCCAGGAUCAGAAUCUGAAGGAGGAGAUACAGGGCGAAAGGAUUUUAGAGAAGCUUCAUACGCUUCUCAUGUUACUUGAAAAAGUUUCACGCAAAGAUGUCAAGGCUGAUGAUUCUGUUGUUGAAGACAUGAAACUUAUUUCGAAGUCAUCCUAUGACCUGAGGGACUGCAAAUUCUCAGCAUAUCUAUCGUGCUUCAUAUCGGAGUGUCAAAAGGACCCUCGCUCCAAGUUGUAUGGAAAGGAACUGCGAAAGCAUGCUAGCUUCCCGAUACACCGCUAUCUUAAGAAGAUAAACGCCAUCGGCUUGCACUUCGCAUACUUGGUGCAUUUUUCAACUACACCAACAAGAAGGCCGCUCUUCAAGCACAAAGAGAAAUUAGAGAGCUGGCCACAGAAAACACAAUUAAUUCGAGUCUCUAAAGAUACUGCAGACCCAGAAUGGCAGCAAUCUCUUAAAAUUUUAGGGGCACAAUUCCCCGACGAUGGCAAAUUCCAAGAAGCGCUCACGACCGCAGCGAGAAACUUCGUUAACACGCUUUCCGAGGACCCCGCAAUCUAUUCUGGCCUCACCCCCCACUGCGAGGUCAAGAUUUCGGAGAAAACGGAGAACAUCAGAUCUCAAGAAAGACCCACUUACGUAGGAGUCAGCAAACUCUCUUGCGCGGGUUGCAAUAUAUACUUCAAAGUCCGCAACACGAAAGUCCGGACAAGAGGUGCUCAUGGAAAGUACUAUUUUCCGUAUGUCGUUCCGACAUCCACCAACACUUUGAAACUCCGCGAAAUGGUGAAGUUAUUGAUGGAGGAUUUCAGAAAGCACAUCCGAAGAACUGCAUUCUCGCCUGGUCGAUCAGAAAGUACGAUACCGGGUGGAGAACAGUUCGAUAUGUUCAAAUUCUUGGUUGAACUUCAGUAA